CCCGCCCUCCCCACCGUAUCUACCUCAACUCCUCUUCCUCCUCCUCCUCCUCCUCCAUUAAUUCCCCGUCUGGUUUCUGGUUCCCCAGCUCUUCGCUUUCCCCGACUUAGUGAAGUUGGUAUUGGUCUAUCGUCCAUGGCGGCUCUCCUCCAUCUUCGACUUAACUCCUCCCUCCUCCCGUCUUCCUCCUCCCACCCUUCCCUCCGCCGGCGACCCUGCCGCCGCCCUGUCGCUCCCUCGACGCGGAUCUCGGCCAAGAUCCGCGAGAUCUUCAUGCCCGCGCUGAGCUCCACCAUGACGGAGGGAAAGAUCGUGUCCUGGGUGAAGUCGGAGGGCGACCGCCUCGCCAAGGGCGAGAGUGUCGUCGUCGUCGAGUCCGACAAGGCCGACAUGGACGUCGAGACAUUCUACGACGGAUACCUCGCCGCCAUCAUGGUCGAGGAGGGCGGCGUCGCCCCCGUUGGCUCUGCCAUCGCCCUCCUCGCCGAGUCCGAGGACGAGAUCCCCCUUGCUAAAUCCCAAGCCUCCUCGUCCUCCUCUGCCGUCGCCGCCUCUCCUCCUCCCGCCGAUGCGCCCGCCUCCACCACUUCCGUGCAAACCUUGGCCCCUUCGCCUCCAGAACCCUCUCCGGUAGCCGCUUCUUCUUCGACCCACCCGGCGUCCGACGGUGGGCGAAUCGUCGCCACACCCUACGCGAAGAAGCUUGCCAAGGAUCUGAAGGUGGACCUGGCGGGUGUGGCCGGCACAGGGCCAAUGGGGCGAAUUGUAGCUAAGGAUGUGGAAGCUGCGGCAGCAGCUGCUGUUGCUUCUGUGCCGAGUGUUCCAUCGAAAGCUGUGGUGGGAUCUGUGUCAGCGAAGGCUCCUACUCCUCUGGCUAUUGAACUGGGCACUGUGGUUUCAUUCACCACAAUGCAGGGUGCCGUUAGUAAGAACAUGGUGGAAAGCCUCUCGGUUCCAACAUUCCGAGUAGGUUAUACGAUCACCACGAAUGCACUCGAUGAUCUCUACAAGAAAAUUAAGUCAAAAGGUGUCACCAUGACUGCCUUGCUAGCAAAGGCAACUGCUAUUGCGUUGACAAAGCACCCAGUUGUAAAUUCUAGCUGCAGAGAUGGCAAGAGUUUUACAUACAACAGCAGCAUCAAUAUUGCUGUUGCUGUGGCCAUAGAUGGAGGUUUGAUCACACCGGUCCUUCAAGAUGCCGAUAAGGUUGAUAUCUACUCAUUGUCAAGGAAAUGGAAGGAGUUGGUUGAUAAGGCGAGGGCCAAGCAGCUGCAACCUCAUGAAUACAGCACAGGUACUUUCACUCUUUCAAACCUUGGAAUGUUCGGUGUUGACCGCUUUGAUGCAAUUCUACCACCCGGAACUGGGGCAAUCAUGGCUGUUGGUGCAUCUCAACCAACUGUUGUUGCCGCCAAGGAUGGCAGAAUUGGUCUAAAGAGUCAGAUGCAGGUCAAUGUAACCGCAGAUCACAGAGUCAUUUAUGGAGCUGACCUUGCUGCCUUCCUGCAAACACUAGCAAAAAUCAUUGAGGAGCCAUCAGAUCUCACCCUGUAACUGCUACUUAAAAGUUGGUGAUCCAUAGCUACCGGGAACUUCUUGACCCGAAAAAAAAAUUGUUCUCUUGGGCAUCAUUUUUCUCUUGGUACUGUUUCUACAGAAAUACUUGCAGAUUCAAGAUAAAUUGAAUUUUAAAUUGGUUUAUCGAACCAUCCUAUUCUGGAGAUAUAAGUAUCGGUUGAACUGAUAUUUCAAUAAAAGUUUUGUUGUGCCAA